AUGGUAUUUCUAACAACCAAAAUGAUGCAAAGGACGGCACUCUUUGUGACACUGGGGGGUUUGGUCACCUCUCUGAUCACCACUUUUCUUCCUCUGUGGAAGACGAUGAACUCGGACCUGAACGAGGUGGAGAACUGGUUCUCAGGACUGUGGCAUAUGUGUCUCUACACAGAGGAGGUCGGGAUUCAGUGCAAGGCUUACGAGACCCUCAUGGGACUGCCAAUGGACCUGCAGAUCUCCAGGGUGCUCAUGUUGGUGUCUGUAGGAACUGGAUUUUUGGCUCUGUUGGCUGCUUUUGCAGGACUGGAUGGGGUGGAGAUGUGUGCAGGGAAGCCUGACCUGAAGAGGCAGUUACUGGUUCUGGGUGGAGUUCUGUCUUGGGUAUCGGGGCUCACCACUCUGGCUCCUGUAUCCAUUGUCGCAUACUCAACGGUGGUUGAGUUCUGGGAUGAGGGGUUUCCCGAUGUGAUGCCUCGCUGGGAGUAUGGAGAGGCCAUGUUCUCUGGAUGGUUCGGAGGAUUGGCUCUGGUCAUUGGAGGGACUCUGUUCUUCGUGGCUGUGUGUAUGAGGAAAUCUGAGCAGAGACCACCAAGAGUGCCAAACAGUCUACCACUGAAGCACAGGACCAAGAACUACCUGAAGACUGAGGUGUUAUAG